AUGAGCGAUCAACCAGUGGAACCUGUGAAUAACAUCAACGAUGAGCACGCAAAUGUUGAGACGGAGCCUACAUUGAGCAAAAGUGCCAAGAAAAGAGCCAAAAAACAGCAGAAGAAGGCCUCUGAAAGUGCUGAUGACCAACCAGGUACGGAAAAAAUCGAUGGGGAAACAAGUGAUGGACCAAAAGAGACAACCGAUGAGAAGACAGUCGACAAGGUGGUUCCAAAGAAGAAGGAUCCAGUUGAAAUGCUUGUGCCAAUGAUUAAGAAGUUCGAUGUUAACGGAAAACCUGUAAGGACAAUCGCUGGACAUGGGAGCGUUUAUCUUGGUGAAAUCACUCCGCACAAUAUUUUGCAACUCAAGAAGCUCAACGAGGCCGUCUUUCCGAUUGCUUACAACGACAAGUUCUACGUGGAGGCUCGCACCUGUGGAGACCUUGGCCGUCUUGCCUACUACAACGAUGUCGUCGUUGGCGCUGUCUGCUGUCGUAUCGAUGAUAUCUCUGACGAAAAAUCAUUGUAUCUGAUGACACUUGGAACCCUGGCUGCAUACCGGCAAUGUGGCAUUGGCACGCAUCUCAUCUACUACGCCCUAAAAUUGUGCAAGAAGAUGGAAGAAAUUAAGACAAUGUACUUACAUGUUCAGGUCAAUAACCAAACAGCUGUUCAGUUCUACGAGAGACAUGGAUUCACCAACGACGGAAUCAUUGAGGACUACUAUCGUAUCAGCCCGCGAGACGCCUACUUGCUCAUUAAGCGUAUCCGCAUGUAG